AUGGCCAGCCGUGGGAACUCAAUUCAGGAGGUGCAUGAGUCUCAGCCUGCUCCGUCGCAGCCUGUGACAGCUGAGCCUGCCUCCGCACAAAAGUCAAAGUCUCGUACCGGGGUUUGGGGCAAGAUUAAAGGACUGUUUGUUCAAGAUGUUCGAGAUGAAAUACCUCCUUACAAGGACAUUGAAGUUCACACCUGGAAUGGUCCCGACGACCCGGAAAACCCCUUCAACUGGGGCAUGAAAUACAAGUGGCUUCUCACGAUCACGGUCUGCUUCAUCUCUAUCCUUACUGGUCUUCCAGCAGGUACCUAUGGAUCUGGAAACGACUGGAUGGAAAAGGAGUUUGAUGUCCAGAACUCGCCAUUCCCUAACCUUUACUGGGCUACAACCUCAUGGAACAUGGGUGCGGCUUUCUGGCCGCUGAUCUUCGUGCCCCUCACAGAGUCCUCCGGUCGCAUGCCGGGAUAUUUUGUGGCAUAUAUCAUUCUGGUCAUCUCGCUCUUCCCUUCCGCGUUCGCGAAGAACUUUGCUACAUUGGUAGUGACGCGUUUCUUCGGCGGUGGCGCUUCGUCAGUCUCGAUCAACAUUGUCGGAGGAAGUAUCAGUGAUGUUUGGUUUGGUGAAAAGGCGCGGAGUCUGCCAAUGUCUAUCUUCGGAUUUACUAGUGUUGUUGGUAUUGCUCUUGGACCGUUUAUUGGUUCUGCAAUUGUUCAGAUUCCUCGAAGCGAGCCCUGGCGAUGGAUCUUCUAUAUCCAGAUUAUUUACAACGCUGCUCUUAUUCCCGUUUUCUGGUUCAUCCUCCGCGAAACACGACCAGAUGUCAUUCUUAAAGCCCGCGCCCGAAAGCUCCGGAAAGAAACCGGACGCCCUAUCUACGCAGCCGCCGAGAUCAACGCACCAAACAAGCUCGCUCUAUUGCAGAUCUCCUUCAAACGCCCUACCCGAAUGCUGACUUCGGAGCCUGUGGUGAUCUUCUUUACACUUUGGAUCAGUUUCGCCUGGGGAAUUCUGUACCUGUUCUUUUCCAGUGUUGUGCAAACCUAUUCGACAAACUACAACUGGGGUACGCUCGCAACAGGUCUGGUACAACUCGCAAUCUCCGUCGGAGCGAUCAUCGGCACAAUAAUCAACCCCAUCCAGGAUUGGUUUUACUUCCGCUCUGCAAGGAGAAAUACAGAGAAGCCAGGACGUCCAAUUCCGGAAGCGCGCUUGUAUACCGCGAUUCCUGGCAGUCUACUAUUUGCCGCAGGUCUUUUCUGGUAUGGAUGGGCUAGUAUGCCUGACGUGCACUGGAUUGUCCCUACAAUCGGUAUCACAGCCGCCGGAAUCGGAAUUUACUCUAUUUAUAUGGCCGUUGUGAAUUAUCUCACCGAUGCUUAUGAGCGAUAUGCCGCAUCCGCUCUUUCGGCUGCUUCGCUGGGCCGGAAUUCCUUCGGCGCUUUCUUGCCACUUGCUUCGCCUCAGUUAUUUAGCAAUCUGGGCUUCGGCUGGGCUGGUACUCUUCUUGGCUUCAUUGGAAUUGCGUUGUCUGUUGUUCCUGUUGUUCUGGUGCUGAAGGGACCGCAAAUCCGGGCUCAUAGCACUUUCAUGCGGGAGGCGAUGUGGGAACCGGAGGAAAAGGUUGAGAUUGAUCAAUCUGGUAAAAGUGAGAUGGGACCCAGCGCUGAGGGCAUUGCUUGA